CUCCCUAUUCCGAUAUGCCCAGGAUUUCGAACAGACUGGAGUCGAACUGUUAAGACCAUUUUCAGUUUCUCGUCUUUGGAAACCCGUGCAGUCUCAUCAUGGAGAAGUUAGCCAUCAGAGUAUCUAACUUCAGCACCACGAACAGCUCCACUGACAAACAGCGCUACUUUGCCGGUGGGCAUCAGCACCUCGAUUCGAAGGAGUGGAAAGUUCUGUUACCUGCGGUACUGUCAGUUAUCUGCGUUCUGGGUUCCGCUGGCAAUCUCACAGUUAUCGGCGUUUUGAUCAGCAGCGCCCGAAAAGGCAAGCCUUCCCUGAUCAAUUCCUUAAUAUUAAAUCUAAGCAUGGCUGAUCUUCUGAUUCUGGCGUUUGCAGUUCCGUUCAAGGCUGCCGCUUACGCGAAGGCGAGUUGGACUCUUGGGUGGUUUGUCUGUAAGACCAGUGACUGGUUCAUCCAGUCUUGCAUGGCAGCUAAAAGUUUCACCAUUACAAUCCUGGCUAAAGCUUGUUUCAUGUAUGUGAGUAACCCAACCAAACAAAUCAAUAUAAAAAACAAAACGAUCCUAGCGGUCAUGUUGACUUCGUGGAUCCUGGCUUGCAUUUUACCACUCCCUGCCUGGCUUUUUGCAACGCUAAAGCACGAAGGAAGUGGGCUUGUUUGUGUCCAAGCAAUUCCUUUAUCAGCACAAGACUUCAUGUCGGUUUACGUUAAGCUCUACCCUUUUGUUAUCUUCUGGGCUCCCUUAAGCUUUGCAUUUAUUUACGUCUGGCGUUCUUAUGGAAGGUGCCAGAGGAGAGGGACAAAAACACAAAACUUGAGAACUCAGAUACGAUCCAGAAAGCUGACUGUAAUGCUGUUGAGUACUACGGCGACCUUUACUUUAAUGUGGCUGCCCGAAUGGGUCUCUUGGGUUUGGGUGAACCACAUCAUGGAGAAUGGACCCGCCCCACCGCUGUUUUUUGUAAUUUCUGCCCAGGUAAUCAUGUUUGCCAUCUCCUUGCUGAACCCACUCAUCAUCUUGUCCAUGUCUGAAGAGUUUAGAGAAGGAUAUAAAGGCUUGGGAACAAGGCUGAUCUUGAAGAAACAAAAGCCCGAUUCGGAACCACAGGAAACUCAAGUCGAAAACAGUUCAGCAGAGGCACCCCCCAACUCGGACCAUUCCCAGGAUGAACAUACCAAAUUUAACCAAAAUCAACAAGAAGAACCGUCCUCCAGCAAGGAAAACCCAGACAGUCCAAUAAACAAGGACAUUAUCCUGCCUGAUGUAGAGCAGUUUUGGCAUGAGCGAGAAGCUGAAUCCACAACUCAAGAGAACGACCCUAUUCCAUGGGAAAACCAGGACCCCAAAAUACAACAGCCACAGUAGCAAUUCGCCAUUGAAUCCUGACCUGAACAUAUUUAUAUUUUGUAAAAGCUUAAAUGUUGAGUAACGUUUACAUCCUAUUGCCAGUUUUUGGAUUGUACCAUAGCUGUUUUCUGUAUUUUCCAUGGUCCAUAACUGUAUGUAUGUGUGUAUAUAAAGACGUGCAGUUCGUAAAUGGUUGUACGUGAUAAAUUAUAUCUGUCUUCUCUUUCAUUUAAUUUUUAAUUAUAUACUUGUAUUAGUCUUUCUAACAGCUUGGGUUUUUACAACCAGAUGGAGAAGUUGGAGAUUGAAGUAGUUCUGGCUUCUCUAAAAUAAAUAAAAUGUAUGACAAUUUAUUUAUAGUAACAAUAAAGCAAACCCUAAUUAACAGAUAAAAGCCUUGUACAUGUGUAGCUGCUAAAGCUAAAUCCUGUCUGGGGUUUUAAAGUACUUAAAUCAAUAAUUCUGUUUUGUAACAUAAAGCUGAACACUAUCACAUUGUACCCAGCCUGACGUCCCUCUGUAAAUUCAUGCAAUAUAAUAUAAUAAUCUGCUUCACAUGUUGGUAAAUGUAGUGUAAAUUAAAAAAAGUGAAAUGUUUGGCAAAGGUUUGUUUUUACCAGUUACAGUAUCAAUGUAAUGUUUUGCUUUAUAUACAUUACUUAAAGCAAACCAUUGUAUGUUGUACAUUAAAAUCACAAUUGUCAUGUAUGUAAUAAAAUAAGUUACGAUUAAAAUUGGUGUUAGCUCAAUUAAUUGUAAAUGCAAACUCAGUCCAGUGGUUCCCAAAGGUGCGUCAGCCAAUCAUCGGUGAAAGUAACACGUUCGACAGAAAUGUAUGGAUAAACAGAACCUUCAAACACUUGUG